AUGAAUCCUGUGCAGUGCCACAUCAUCAUCAUCACAUCAAGGAAUUUCCAGGUUGUAUCGUCAACUGUAAAGAUCACAGAUUACAGUGUUCUUCACUGCUUUGGACGCGGUCCUCUGAAGGACCCUCACUUCUGCCUCCCCCCUCCUUCCGAGUCUCCCCCUCUGCCUCCCCUCCCUCAGAGUCUCCCCCUCUGCCUCCCCUCCCUCAGAGUCUCCCCCUCUGCCUCCCCUCCCUCAGAGUCUCCCCCUCUGCCUCCCCUCCCUCAGAGUCUCCCCCUCUGCCUCCCCUCCCUCAGAGUCUCCCCCUCUGCCUCCCCUCCCUCAGAGUCUCCCCCUCUGCCUCCCCUCCCUCAGAUUCUCCCCCUCUGCCUCCCCUCCCUCAGAGUCUCCCCCUCUGCCUCCCCUCCCUCAGAGUCUCCCCCUCUGCCUCCCCUCCCUCAGAUUCUCCCCCUCUGCCUCCCCCUCCCUCAGAGUCUCCCCCUCUGCCUCCUCUCCCUCAGAGUCUCCCCCUCUGCCUCCCCUCCCUCAGAUUCUCCCCCUCUGCCUCCCCUCCCUCAGAGUCUCCCCCUCUGCCUCCCCUCCCUCAGAUUCUCCCCCUCUGCCUCCCCUCCCUCAGAUUCUCCCCCUCUGCCUGCCCUCCCUCAGAGUCUAUGCCUCCCUCUCAGAGUAUUCCCCUCUGCCUCCCGCCUCCCUCAUAGUCUCCCCCUGCCUCCCCUCCCUCAGAGUCUCCCCCUCUGCCUCCCCUCCCUCAGAGUCUCCCCCUCUGCCUGCCCUCCCUCAGAUUCUCCCCCUCUGCCUCCUCUCCCUCAGAGUCUCCCCCUCUGCCUCCCCUCCCUCAGAUUCUCCCCCUCUGCCUCCCCUCCCUCAGAGUCUCCCCCUCUGCCUCCUCUCCCUCAUAGUCUCCCCCUGCCUCCUCUCCCUCAGAGUCUCCCCCUCUGCCUCCCCUCCCUCAGAGUCUCCCGCUGCUUCUCCCCUCCCUCAGAGUCUAUGCCUCCCUCUCAGAGUAUUCCCCUCUGCCUCCCGCCUCCCUCAUAG